AUGGCCACAUUGGUCAUGUUCGGCAGGAGAACGCCCUCUGCCUGUGCAGGACUAACGGCAUGCGUCGUCUCGAUUCACUCGGUGACAGUCCGCGCGCCACCUUUUCAACUUCCCGGUCUGCACGCAAAAGCAAAACAUGUGUCCGAGGUCGCUAAUGAUAUUUCCGACUUUCUCAUAGCCAGUCGGAGAGGUUACAUGCGCAGCUGCUUUGCGCAAGCGGCUUGCUUGGCGCGCAAGGAGGGAGACCUGCAGUUUGGGAAGCCGCAAAGGACGCGCCUUCUUUCAGCAGAUGCGCCUCUUGUAACAGCAGUCAGAUGGAACAGCAGUCAGAUGGAACUCGUUUGGAACACAACAAGUCGCAACAGGCAGUCCCAGCAUUCCUGCAAAAUGGGCUGA